CUCCCCUAGGCCAAAACACCACGGUUUGACAUCAUGACCUCAGUCGUCACCACAGCAGCGCUCCAAUUGAACCAGCCACCAGAGACUCUCCUCAAUCGUUUCCCCGAUGAAACAACUCUACUUAUCCAAGAAAUUUCGUCGGGGUCGCCCAAUCUAGCCACCAUUGCCGCCCUCAUGAGCGUCUGCGGAGCUACUUUAACGCCUAUCCGAGCUCCUCACAGCCGAACAUGCACGGAACUAAUCCUAUACUUGGUUGUGCCUUGCUGGGCGUCUUCGUCAUCAGCAGCCAAAUCAGUGACACUGUCCUCUCUCGGACACAUUUCUACCUCGUCCAGCACAUACGCCUACCGAAAUAGGCAGGGGAUCACGAGCGAUGUCACGCUGCGGCUUGUGUCGAUCCCGCCCAUCGCCGCCCCCACGCACACCAGUCUGACGACUCGCUCACUGUCUGCUAGGGGGUGUAGCGCACAAGAAAGCCUCCGAUGGAGCAAGGUGCUGGCCGAACAGCCUACAGACGCCAUGGGCCAGGACCACUUCCGCUUCAUGGGCCGGUUCAUGGCUUACGGCGACGCGGUGCCCAAUGCCUUUGAGAUGCUUGCCCUUGAGGCCUUUGAGCAGCGGCUGGCCAAUUCUCGCCGUUACGGGACCUGGUUCGCCGAGCAGGUCUCACCGGGUUGGCGGACGGGGAAGCCGCGCAACUGCUAUCUUGAGCGGUGGACGGGUGUCUACGGCCGGCUGAUUUGGAGCUUUGGUAUCAAGGGGCACCCGAGGGCGGAUGAAAUCUGGCAUAUGAUGCGAGAGCGUUUGCCUCCAACGCCGGACACUAUAACCAAAGAAUUCUUUCAGGACGUGUCGGACAUGGAAGAGGCGCUGCGGCCAGAGACGGUGGCAGUGCAGUCGUGGACAUUUGCGUAUCGCGACCUGGAGAUGCUUGUGUUUCAGGACCGCCGGGAUAAUUACUUCUUGUGCCAUGCCAAGAGCAGCAAUAUCCCAAGAAUUAUUCGCCCGCGCCUCACGAAACUUUGGAACGCAACGCUUCGCCGAUCCCGGUCUGUUGGUCGGCGUCUGCGCAGCCUUGCUGAGUUUGAGUGGCUCUGGUACUGGACGAACCCGUUUGUGCGCGGCGGUGCGACGACGGGAAGCUUGUUGUCGGCGUUUAUGCAACGGGCGCUGUAUGAGGAGGGUGUGCCGAUUCGCUUGCGAAAUCGGUUCGUGAUGCAGGAUCUCUAUGCGCUGACGACGGACUGUCGUUCGUACGUGACAGAGCGUGUAGCGCAGUUGGCGGCGACAAAAGAGGAUUUGCUGGUGGCGUUGAGUAAUAGAGGAGUAAAAGCAGGAUAG